CCGGAAGGGGCUGAGUGGCGGUAGCGGCGGCGGUUUCUGUCUUGUUGAUUAGUGUUUCUUUCCUGCUGGAGCGACUGGAUAGAGGGAGGCGUCAUGGUCGAGGAGGUACAGAAACAUUCUGUGCACACACUUGUGUUCAGGUCAUUGAAGAGAACUCAUGACAUGUUUGUGGCUGAUAAUGGAAAACCUGUGCCUUUGGAUGAAGAGAGCUUCCUGCUGCUCUCAGAGCCUUGCUGAGCUGAAAUUGUACCUGGCCAGUACCUCUACUCCCAUCUUUUCUCUCACAAACGAAAAAUGGCAAUCAAGCUGCGUAAUGAGUAUGGUCCUGUGUUGCAUAUGCCUACUUCAAAAGAAAACCUUAAAGAGAAAGGCCCUCAGAAUGCAACAGAUUCAUAUGGACACAAACAGUAUCCUGCCAAUCAAGGACAAGAAGUUGAGUAUUUGGUGACAGGUACACAUCCGUAUCCACCAGGACCCGGGGUUGCUUUGACAGCAGACACUAAGAUCCAAAGAAUGCCAAGUGAAUCCGCUGCACAGUCCUUAGCUGUGGCAUUACCUACUUCUCAAGCCAGGGUCGAUGCAAAUCGUACUGCACCUGCUGGAGGUGAAUACCGACACCCUGGGGCUUCUGACCGGUCACAGCCUGCAGGGGCGGUUGUUAUGGACGGUGGCAAUGCCAAGAACUCCGCACUGAUGGCUAAAAAAGCCCCGACAAUGCCAAAGCCCCAGUGGCACCCACCGUGGAAACUCUACAGAGUGAUCAGUGGGCAUCUUGGCUGGGUUCGAUGUAUUGCUGUGGAACCUGGAAAUCAGUGGUUUGUUACUGGAUCUGCUGACAGAACUAUAAAGAUAUGGGACUUGGCUAGUGGCAAGUUAAAGCUGUCGUUAACCGGGCACAUCAGCACGGUGCGUGGUGUGAUAGUGAGCACGAGGAGCCCAUACCUGUUCUCCUGUGGGGAAGACAAGCAAGUCAAGUGCUGGGAUCUGGAGUAUAAUAAGGUUAUAAGGCACUAUCAUGGACAUCUGAGUGCGGUGUAUGGUUUGGAUUUGCACCCAACAAUUGAUGUGCUGGUGACCUGUAGCCGAGACUCAACUGCACGGAUUUGGGAUGUGAGAACGAAAGCCAGUGUACACACGUUAUCUGGACAUACUAACGCGGUGGCUACAGUGAGGUGUCAAGCUGCAGAACCACAAAUUAUUACUGGAAGCCAUGACACUACAAUACGAUUAUGGGAUUUGGUGGCUGGAAAAACAAGAGUCACAUUAACAAAUCACAAAAAAUCAGUCAGGGCUGUGGUUUUACAUCCAAGACAUUACACAUUUGCGUCUGGUUCUCCAGAUAACAUAAAACAGUGGAAGUUCCCUGAUGGAAGUUUCAUUCAAAAUCUUUCUGGUCACAAUGCUAUUAUUAACACAUUGACAGUAAAUUCGGAUGGAGUGCUUGUAUCUGGAGCUGACAAUGGCACUAUGCAUCUUUGGGACUGGAGAACUGGCUACAAUUUCCAGCGAGUUCAUGCAGCAGUGCAGCCUGGGUCUUUGGACAGUGAGUCAGGAAUAUUUGCUUGUGCUUUUGAUCAGUCUGAAAGUCGGUUACUAACAGCUGAAGCUGAUAAAACCAUUAAAGUGUACAGAGAAGAUGAUACAGCGACAGAAGAAACUCAUCCAGUCAGCUGGAAGCCAGAAAUUAUCAAGAGGAAGAGAUUUUAAUGUGGCACUGUCUUCAUGGUGGUUCCGGUUUUGUUUGUUUUUUGUUUCUUUUUUUAGCUUGGCGUUGAUGAGAAUAUCCAGUCGUUUGUGCUGUGGCUAGGAAUAUAAAGCAAAAACUCACAUGCUUGAAUCAUGGCUUUUUCAUAUUUUACAAUGAACUGUCCUCUCCCCAUGUUUUUAUUUCUAAAAUAAACAGUUUGAGAUCCUAGGAAGUAAGAUGCAGAUAUCAAGCACAUGUGGGUUUGUUGAACAUCCUAAAGAUAGAAUGAUUUGUCACUUUUAUUAAAACACACCUUUUUUUUUUCAAACAUACAAAACUGCUUACUGUAGUAGGACAUGUUUUGAGGCGAGCAGUCUUUUUUAAUCCUUUGAAAACUGAUAUCUGUGAUUGAUACUUUGGGAUUAAAGGAUUUGAAGUCUU